AUGGAGCCCAGAAAAUACGAAGGAAAAAGAGUUGCAGAGGAACCUGAGGCGAGCGGAGAAGAUGACGAGGAUGGAGAGUCGGGAGAUGAUAGCAAGAGGAUGAGAUCGUCAACUCCCUCAAAGAGAAGGCAAUCGAGUGCUGGUGGAUCUACACAGCGUUCUUGCCAGGUGGAAGGCUGCACGGCUGAUUUGAGUGAUGCCAAGCCAUAUCACAGGCGGCAUAGAGUUUGUGAGUUUCAUGCCAAGGCAGCUGUUGUUUUUCUUGCGGGGUCCGGGCAGAGGUUCUGUCAGCAGUGCAGCAGGUUCGAGUUUGAUUUUCCUAAAAGUUUCACGAGCUAUCGGAGUUUGAUGAAGCUAAAAGAAGUUGUCGCAGGCGUUUGGCAGGACACAAUGAGAGACGUCGCAAGAGCCUAUAUGAUUCUCAGUGAGCAGAGAUUAAUUCCAUCUAAAGCAAUGAGUAUGGCCUUAUUUUCAGUCUUGAAGAAGUAACCAUAAGAAAAUUGACCUUUGAGACUGCUCUCUAUCUUCUGUCAAUGGAUGCAUUUCUUUGCAGAUUCUAGCAUGGUCUGUGCGAGCCAAACUAUUCAGUUAUUAGCCUGAAAAAUAAUUUGACUUCGGCCACUUCUUAAUUUCUAGAGAUUUGAUACUUUAGCAUCUCUAAGGAAAUACUCUUCCAUGCUUCUUCAGGCUAGAUUUAUUUUUGUAAGAAUAAUCGUUCUCCAAGUUUCAUACGAUCCAGAUCUUAUCAUAAAACAACACUAAGAUUAAGUAAUUAACUGCAGCAAAUAAACAGCAAUCCAGAUUCUCAAUAAUUAAGGGGAGAUAUAACCAGAUCCUUGUGUGCUUUAUCUGCUCAAAGGUGUCAUUUACAUAGAUUGUAGCAUAGAUGCUAGCAAUCACUGUCAAGUGCUGCAAUUACAUCUGUAUUAAUUUCAGGAAGCACUCUUCCAUUCACGUCGCAGGAAGCAAAAUAGUAUUACUAAACUUCCGAGAGGAACAAAUAAAACCUCCAUUAGGUUUAGCCUGAUCACUA